GGACGUUGCUCAAUUCACUUUUAUUCGCAAUUUUAUUGCCUUUCAAGAAAUAUCCGUUAUAAAAUUAAUUGUAAAAUACAGCUAUCUGAUUGUUCGUAUUUGUUUUUCGUUAUGUAAAACAUUUUUUUAUUGUUGAAACUGGUAUUAUAUAUAACCUUACAUGUAAAAUAUAUAACCUACCAUAACCUAGCAACGUGUGUUGUUGAUUAUCGUAAUAGUAUUUGACGUUAAUUUUAACCAUAUCAUGGCAUUACCAUCGGAGGAAACAGUUCCAAAAAUAUUGUGUAUAAAUGCAAUAUAUUUUCCGGACAUUGUCGAUGAUAAAAUAUCUACGGAAAAUUUUUUACAUGCUUCUCGUGGUGUUGUAGUAAUAGUUGAAAAAUUUGGAAAAUUAUUUGCACCAGUUAAACAUGAUAUGGAAGGUAACAUAGAGAAAUUAAAUAAUAAAUAUUCUAUAGACAAAGAAAAACACAAAACUUUACAGGAUAUGAUACUAUUGGAAAAAGAAAAAGGUGAAACUAUAAUUGCUACUGAUGCUUUGAUGUGGUUAAAAAGCUUAUACAUGAUUCUAUUAUUUUUUGAAAAACUUAUUGAAGAUCAUAAUGCCGGUAAGGCAACAGAUGAUCUAGUAGCAUUUUUAAAGGAAGCAUAUAAAAUAUCUUUAGAACCAUAUCACGGUUGGAUGUUACAGCAGCUUUUUGGUUUGCUGUCACGUACGGUACCUUCUCGUAAACAGCUUUUACAAACAAUUGUAGAUGGAAAAGACUUUACGGAUGAAAUCAUUUUACGUGAUAUGGAAAUAUAUACAAAAAAUCUUAGAUUAAAUAUUGAAAAUCUACAAAUAUUUUAUAAAAAGUAUGAACUUGAAAAAAAUCUUUAAAUAUGACAAUUAUU